UCUGACUCCGCGCCACGUCUUCAAGCAAAUUAACCGGUUUGGUUCGCGGUUUAAUUAUGAGAAUGAGAUAUACAAAACAGAGUCUUCGAUUUCAGAGUUGAUUUAGGUUUCUUGAUUCUUUCUUCUUUCGCUUCAACACAGUCGAGUGACUCGCCAUAGCUUCAACGCCGACGAAACCCACUAUUCAAGGUAGCCAAUUUCUUCUACAGAGCAACGUAUCGAUUUGAUUUCGACCUCUUUUUGUUUCUUCUUACUUGCCCAUUAUCUCAAUUUGUCACUGAACAGAGAUUUAAGUUUUAGAGUUCAAAAGCAAUCCUAAAACCCUAAACCCUAAGCUGAGCAAAAUCCUUCAUAAUGCGACCUCCGUACAAUUCCUUCCAGCCUCAAGCUCGUCCUUAUCGACCGCAACAUCAACUACAACAACAACAACAGAUCAAUGGGUUUUCUAAUCAUCAACAACAACAACAUAAUGGGUAUCAGAACCCAAUGAACGCUAAUCAAUUAGGGAUGAUGAAUCCACAGAUGAUGAAUAAUCCAAUGAUGGGUCACAACAUGCCAAUGCCCAAUAUGCCAAUACAUCCUCAGUUCUUUAACAAUAUGCCUCAACAACUUCCUCAGUUUGCUAUGCCCAACCAUAUCAACCAGCUACUUCCCAAUCUCUUGGGGAAUCUUCAGUUUGCAGUUGCUAACAGUAACCUUAUGGGUCACUCUCUUCCCAACUUUUUCCAGCCUUCUCUUGAACCUCAUGCUUUCUCUUCUCGACCACAGCUUAAUUCCUUUAACUCCCUUCCUUAUCCUCCGGUUCCAAAUCCCCAUCAAAAUCACCAAUCAGGGCCUCCGGGUUUCUCAGAGCCAAGACCACAGGGGCAGUCUGUCGAUAAUACCAAUGGUUCAGGUCCUAACGGGAAUGAUUUUCGAAAUAAGUUUCCAAAGCAUCAAAAUUUCAAAGGCCCUGGUCAAGGAUUCCAGAGACCUCAGUUGCAUCAAGCAGAUAAUGGCAAGAGAAAGUCUGGAUUCAAUAAGGAUCACAGGGGCAAAGGGAACAAUAAUAAGAUGAAAACAGGGCUCGAUGGAUCUGAUACUGGUAACAUAGCUAAGGAGAAGAAAAGAUCAUAUGCUUUGAUGUAUACACCAAGAGAAGUUCAGCAAUGGCGUGAAGCUCGACGUAAGAAUUAUCCAACGAAAUUCCUUGUUGAAAAGAAAGUAAAGAAAAAUGUUUCAGCCAGCAUCCUUGAUGAGGAAGCAAAAAUGCGUCGUCAGCAACUCCGGGAAGUUUUAGCAAAGCAGGCUGAGUUAGGUGUUGAAGUUGCAGAAGUUCCUUCGCAUUAUUUAUCCAAUAAUGAUGAACAAGUUAAUGGAGAUAGAGGAAACAACAAUGGGCGAAAGGGACGAUUCCAGAAUAAUAGACGUAAUAAGAGAAGACAUGACAGAAAAGAUAAGUUUGAUAAUAAGAAACCAAGAUUGGAAGACAAAAAAUCGUCUCAAGAUUCUUCCAUAACGACUAGAAAACCUACAUUGCUUGAGAAGCUCCUAAGCGCAGACAUAAAGAGAGACAAAAGCCAGUUAUUACAGGUCUUCCGCUUCAUGGUAAUGAAUUCAUUGUUGAAGGAGUUUCCAGAGCAACCUCUGAAGUUACCUUUGAUUACAGUAAAAGAAACUGGCUGUGAAGAUGCUAUGGAAGAUCCCUCAAUUGAAGGUUUAUGUGAUGGCCUUAGUGAUGGCGAUGAUGUGGAUGGCGAUGAUAGCUCAUGUGAUGAAGAUGUUUGAUGUUUAAAUUUGUAAGACCGGACACAUGAGCAGUAUAAGGAUUUGUGAUAUUAAUCUAUAUGUGUUUUCGUUUUGAAGAUAUGUCCGCAGGAAACAGUAAGAUAAAUAAUCUGAUACAAGGAACAUGAGAGUAAAAAUAGUGUCACAUUCGAAACUUGCUUCAUCUCUAUUAAUUUGUUUUUAC